AUGUGUACGAUUCACUUGAAUGACAAAAGAGCAGGUAGUUUACAGACGACAAAUCUUCAGUCUGCAGCAUCACCAACUAGCAUACAAUCAAGUUAUGUAGUGCAAACAACAAUGCCAUCUAUAAGCCCGUCGACUCAACCUUCAACUAGCAAUACUAAUGAAAGUUCCGAUCAGUCGACAGGAACUAUUCACACUUCACUGAAAUCUGGAACUACAGGGACAAGUUUUCCUACACCUGGUAUUCCAUCUACUCCAAAUAAAGCUGGCUCUGAAUUAAAGGAACCUUGGAAAUUAUUUUGGAGUGCAAUGUGCUUUUUGGCACUUUUUGGGCUUUUUGGUAGUUAG